AUGGAAAUCAGUGUGGAAACUCUUCAAACACUAGGACUAGAGGUCACAUUUGACAAACUUGCUCCCCUUCUUGGACCUCAUCACAACAGAGCUCUGACACCUGUCCUGCAUCCCCUCAGCCAGCAGAGGGAUUCAGCAGGGUGGGAGAGCGCAGAGGUCAUCGUGGGUGAAGGAACAACCCAGAGUGAGAGGAGAGAUGUGGAGCACAAGAGGAAGGGGAUGGGGGCAGGAGAUCCAGCAAUGAUGGACCUGGAGGGUGAUCAGGGUAAGACAGAAAAAUUUAAGAUGAGCUAUGUGACUCUGAUGUCCAGCAGUGACUUCAUUCUUUUUGGCCUAUUCUCUUCCUCACAAGACAGCCUGUUCUUCUUCUCCUCUCUGUUUAUCAUUUUUAUCCUGACUAGGAGAGAAAAUGCCCUCCUGGCCAUCUUCAUCUGCAAGGAUUCCCGACUCUGUUCCCCCAUGUACUUCUUGCUCACCCAUCUCUCCUGCAUGGACAUACUGCACAUUUCCAACAUCAUCUUCAAAAUGAUCACCAACUUCCUGUUUGGCAGCAGAACCAUCUCCUUUUCAGGUUGUGGAUUCCAGAUCUUCCUGUCGCUCACCGUGCUAGGUGGUAAGUGUCUGCUCCUGACUGCCAUGUCCUAUGGCUGCUAUGUGGCCAACUGCCACCCCCUGCACUAUGCCAUGCUCAUGAGUGGCAAGGUCAGUGUGAUGAUAGCUUUAGGGUACUCGCUGGUGGAGACCCAGCGAGUCUCCACCAUUGUGCACACAGCCUAUGUGCAGCACUUCCCCUUCUGCGAGCCUAGAGAAAUUCAUGACUAUUUCUGUGAGAUCCUUGCCUUGCUGAAGCUGUCCUGUGUGGACACAGCACACUAUGGGCACGGGGUUAUUUUUAAUGCAAUAAUUUUCCUGUGCAUCCCUUUCUCCAUAAUUUCUCUAUCUUAUGUCACAAUUUUGCACACUGUCUUCCAAACCAAAUCAUCAGAGGCCCAGAAGAAGCCCUUCUCCACCUGUUCCUUCCACAUGGUAGUGGUUGUAAUGUACUAUGGGCCAUUUAUUUUCACAUACGUGAGGCCUAAAUCCUACCACAAUUCUGGCCAAAAUAAGGUCCAGGCCUUAUUCUACACCAUCCUCACACCCACCCUCAGCCCUGUCAUCUGAGGCUUCAGGAAUAAAGAUAUCCUGAAGGCCAUGAAAAGCAUGCUGAGAAGUAAUUUUCAUUAUAAAAGUUAG